AUGCCCGUACCCCGGGCCAAGCCUUUGAUUUCCCCCGCAAAACGGAAGAAGCUCCCCCUCCUAGGAAAGUCCGAGCUGCAUGUCGACAAUGUCGACCAAAGCGCCUCAAAUGCGAUGGGGGCAUACCUUCCUGUAGUGCCCGAGCAAAGGUCUCGUGCGGCGAUGCCCGCGGCGGCAACAACCAUUUCUAUAUUCCCUAAUGGUGCUGAACUCUCGACGCCUGUAUGA